AUGGCUAAGGUGGAAGUGAAGCCCCUGCAGGGGACAGUCUGGCCAAACCCCGUGUCUGGAGGAGGUGCCCUGGCUCUGUGGUGCCAGGGAAAGAAGCAUGCAGCACUGUCCCAGGUGAAGUUCCACAAAGAUGGAGAACUCUUUAGUUUCUCUAAGGACAACCAGCAUCCAUCCAUGGAGACCACAAUGGUGAAAAGUAGUGGCCAGUACAGUUGCACUAGGCAGCUGACACUGAUCCCACACGUGUGCAAACAAACCUCAGAGACUGAGUGGCUCGAGUCAAAGAUGAAGCUAUUCCCACCUCCUGUGCUGAGCACUGUCCUCUCUCCUGAGCCCCAUAAGGGGAGCCUGGUGACCCUGAGAUGUCAGAUAAAGCUGCCUGAGAGGUUGGCCUUGAGGCUCCUGUUCUUCCACAAGGAAGGACACACCCUGCAGGAUGGGGGCCUCCAUCCAACCAGCAUCCUGGGAGUCAAGGAGAGAGAUUCUGGCCUUUACUGGUGCAAGGUAGCCCCUGAGGGUGGCUGGUUCCAGACAGAGCCCCGUGUGGAUAUCACAGUGCAGGCUCCUGUGUCCUGUCCUCUGCUCACCUGGCAACACUUGCCCACUGGCUGUGCUGUGGCGGACGUGGUGGAGCUUCUCUGUGAGGCCCAGGGGGGCGCCCCUCUGAUCCUGUACUUUUUCUACCUUGAUGAGGAGAUCCUGGGGAACGGCUCACUCCCAAUUUCAACUCCUGUGUCCUGUCCUCUGCUCACCUGGCAACACUUGCCCACUGGCUGUGCUGUGGCGGACGUGGUGGAGCUUCUCUGUGAGGCUCAGGGGGGUGCCCCUCUGAUCCUGUACUUUUUCUACCUUGAUGAGGAGAUCCUGGGGAACGGCUCACUCCCCAUGGCAGAGCCUUCUCCUUCCUCCUCCCAAUGA